GUCAAAAUGUUAAAGUUAAGAUUUUCGAUUUUAUUGCUUGCUAUAAUUUUAAUAAACCAAAUAAAUGCAUAUAAAAUUCUCUGCUUAUGGUCAUUACCAUUUAGAAGUCACUACAUCCUGGGAAGAGCUUACGCAAGAGCCCUGGUAGAAGCAGGACAUGACGUCACAAUGGUAAGCGGUUUUCACGAAAAGGAUUUCCCGAAGAAUGGAACCUACAGAGAGGUGAUUUUAACUGGACAAAUAGAACAAAUGGAAGCAAUGAUAGAGAAUGAAGACCACUUUAAAGAAGAGCCCUGGUCAUUUCAAAUCUACUUUUUUAAAUUUUGUGAAGAGCUGACAAGGCAAUUUCUCAAACACCCGAACGUGCAAAAACUUAUCAAAUCAGGCGAAAAAUUCGACUUGGUAGUGGUAGAAGAAUUUUCCAACCAUGCUUUAAGAGCCUUGGCGCCACAUUUUGGCGCCCCCUUGAUUAUCUUUAGUUCUAUGGGGGCAAACAAUUGGGUGAACACGUUGGUGGCGAAUCCAGCGCCUCCCUCCUACGUUCCUGAUAAAAUUAGUCCUUAUUCGGGUCUGAUGGAUUUUUGGCAGAGGCUUGACAAUACAAUAACUAUAACUACUCAAAAUAUCAUUACGGAGUUUUUUAUUAAGCCAGGCCAUGACAGAUUGGUUAAACAAUUUAUAAACGAACACCUAGACGCUAGUACUUAUAAUGUUUCGUUAAUAUUUCUAAAUUCUGAUGCCAGUACAAAUGAUCCAAUACCUAAAGUACCAAAUAUGAUAGAAAUAGGAGGGUUUCAUGUACAACCUCCUCAGCAAUUGCCAAGUGAUUUGCAGUUGUUUCUGGAUGAUGCCAAAGAUGGUGCGAUAUAUUUUAGUAUGGGAUCACACUUGAAAAGUCAGAAUAUGAGUUUGGAUAAAAGACAUGCUAUAAUAAACACAUUUUCGAAAAUUAAAGAGAAGGUUCUUUGGAAAUUUGGAGACAAUAGUCUUUCAGGACUGCCCGAAAACGUUAAAAUUUCAAAGUGGUUUCCUCAACAAGAAGUGCUAGCUCAUCCAAAUGUUAAACUGUUUAUAACACAUGGGGGUUUGUUGAGUGCCACUGAAACUAUUUACCAUGCUAAACCCACAGUUACCAUACCAAUAUUUGGGGACCAAAACCAAAAUGCUAAGAUAGCUGAAAUAAACGGAUUUAGUUUAACUUUACUUUACAAAGAUUUGAAUGAAGAAACUUUCUCGAAAACUAUAAGAGAAGUUUUGGAUAACCCAAAAUUUAGAUUAAAUGUAGAAAAAAGAUCGCAAAUAAUGCAUGACAAACAGGUGAAACCCUUGGAAAAAGCAAUUUAUUGGACGGAAUAUGUGAUUCGUCAUAAAGGAGCAGCACAUCUUCAAGUAGCUGGAGUUUACUUACCUCUCUACAAAUAUUUAUUGCUGGAUGUUUUCAGUUUUAUAUUUUUAAGUUUAAUUACAGUUUUGUUCGUUUUAAAAAUAGUACUACAAAAAGUAUUUUGUUGUAAGCGAAGACCAGAACGAUCUGAAAAGAAAGAUAAAUAACACGUCUGCAACAGGUUUAAACAGGGAAUAUUUCUCAACGUAGGUAUUCUUUUUCCACAACAUUCUCAGCCCUCAAAAUUCUUUUCUUUAAGAAAUCGUUGUUUAUAAUUUGAUUCAUCGUUUCGACAAUAAAAAUUAUCGAAAAGAAAUAGUCUAAUACAACAAUGGAAUAUUGCUUACAAUUUGUAGACCUGUAAUUUAUGAAAAUAAUGCAGAUAAGGGUCGAAUAAAACAAAUAUGAUUGUAUAUAAUCUUUUAUUUACCAGUCGGUAUUUUUUGUUCUAGUAAAAAGUAAACUAUUAUAAAAAGGGAGAAUUAAAAAGUUAUUGUCAAAGCGUCUCUAAUAUACAGUUAACAUUAUUUGUUCAAUUUUGAACAUCACAAUAAUACCAUAGACCAGCUAUGGUUCAUACAUCUAUAGCAAAUAUAAUUUUUACACAAUUUUAAUUUAAUUAAGGUAUAUGGCAGUUUUGUAUGCAAAAAUAUUGGACUAUACUUAGUUAUUAACAAAAAAUAAUUGGGUUAAAAAUCUUUUAAGCAUUUCAAAAAUACUGUUUUCUUUUUUAAAAAGUUUAUCGAAAAUAUUGUUUAGAAUGUCGAAAAAAUGAUCCUGCUAAAAAUUUUGCUCCAAUAGAAAAAAAAGUCGGCUAACUUGGGGAUUAAGUAAUCGCAGAAUAAAUCAAAGGUUUUUAAUAAAAAAAAUGGCGAAAAAAUUUGAAAACAUUCUGAAAACUUUUUUAGUGGGGUAGAAAAUCAACCAAGCAAAAUUUUCGGUAAUGGGCCCAAAUAGUGGUGGUUUUUUUAAAUAAAGAAAACUUAUAAAAGUAUAUGUGGGAUAUGGUCUAUAGACAAUUGUGAAUGGAAUAUUAUUUAUACCAUAUUUUGGUCCUAUUUUAAUUGUUUAGAAAAAUGUUUUUUGUCAAAAUAAUUUACUAUACAAUACAAUGUUAAAAAACUGUUACUAAUCUUACUGUUAAAAUUUUAGUUAAAAGUCGACAUAGCGUUAUUUCUGAAACUUCGUUGAUAUUUGUAUUAUUAUUAUAACAAAAGACCUUUAAACAAUCGUAAAAUUAAUAAUAAAAAAUCUUAUAAUUUUAUGUAAACAUCAUAUUUUUUGUCUGUCAUGAUAGAUUGCAGUGGUAAGCAAUAUUUUUUUAAACAAUGGUGUAUGUAUUAGGGUGAUUUAAAAAAAUUACAUUUAUUUUUUUGACUUUUGAUAUCAAAAAAUUGGUUGAUGGGCACCUCAAAAGAAGGCUAUCUAGGUAUGAGCUCUUACUAUUAAGAGUAAAAUUCUCCUUAUUGCAAUUUUCUAUUUUCACAUUAGUCCUAUAAAUUUUUUUUUUAUCUCACCAUCAAUUGAAUAUAAAGCUAAGCCCAAUAAAAAUUUUGAUAGGGAAUUGAAUGCUCUACAAAGAAGGCAUCCUAUGUUACCUUAGGUCAAAAAUUAAAAAGUUUUUUAAUUUUAUAACUUUCAGAAUAGUUAGGAUUUUAAAAGGAGAAGUAGGUACAUAUUUGUGUUGGAAAAUAACUGAUCUACAAAAAUUAAUAUUUUUUACGGUAAUUAAUAAAAAAAGGUAUAAGUUGAACUUUAGUUAUCGAAAAAAAAGAAAACUGUUUUGUAGAUCAGUUAAUUUUCAACAAAAUAUGUACCACUCACUCUAAAAUUUGAACUAUUCUGCAAGAAAUUUGGAAGAAAGAAAGUUUUUUCAAAACUUUUAAAACUUUAACCUAUAAGAUAUUUUUUGAAUUGAUAGGUUUACAAAAAAACCAAAGGAUACCUUUUUUGUGGAACAUUUAAUUCCCUAAUAAAAUAUGUAUUGGGCUUAGCGUUAUAUUUAUUUAUUAGUGAGAUACAAUAGAUUGCAAUAAGGGGGAUCUUACUCUUAAUAAUAAGAGCUCAUUCCUAUACGAAUGAGCUCUAUAGAUAUGGGCUGCUUUUAAGGUGCCCAGCAACCAAUUUUUCGUGUAUUAGGGUUUCUGAUAUUUCCCAAGUGUUUUUUUUACUUGUGUAUUAUCCUAAUUAUUUGUUUACAGUCUAAAAACAAUUUCGAGAAAAAAUGACGAUUAAUAAUAAUAAUUUUUUUCUUUACAUAUAAUAAAUUAGACAUGCCACAAUACACAAGAAAAUUUUUUGUAGGUUGACCUUCUAUAUCAUUUAAAUGAAUGGUUUUACGAAAAAACGUAAAAUACCUUUUUUGUAGAGUGUAUACGCUAAAGCAGCAUCGGGCAGCAUUGAGGGAACUCAAGAACACAAAAUCAUUUUUAAAUAAAUAAGUAGUUUUUUCACAAAAGGGAGGAAGGUAGAAGUCUUACUCGACAAAUUUGGUUCGCAAAGCUUCAAUUGCACAGCUAAAUCGCGCACGUCAUUUGUGUUCCUCCUUGCAAGUCAUAACUAAAAACCUUUGGUUUAGUACUCGAUUUCGUUUUAUUAUUUAGUUACGUUAGUGUAUGUAUUUUAUCUCAGUGAUCAUUGUAAAUUAUUGUGUUUUCAAUUGUAAAUGUAAUUCAAGAACUAAAUCGUUGCAUUUUCAUGUUUUUUCAUCUGAGUCCUAUAAAAAAACGCCGACAAAACAAAUCAUUCCACGUUUUUUUCUCCCUAUAUUUUUAACAUUUUCCUGCUUUAUUCUUAAAAGCUCUCGUUUGUAACAUACGAGUUUGACAGCUGAUUAAUAAAAGUUGUAGUUUUGUUACGAUAAUUUGUGAUAUUGUGAGAUGUCUAUAAAUGAGGGAAUUAUAAAUUUUUUCUUAUGUCAUUAAAAUAUAGAAGGGUUAAUUGACAUCGACAUUUUUUUAUAUACACUGCCCGUCAAAAUUCCCGCAUAAUAAGUAAAAAAAUUCUAACUCUAAAACGCCUUUACCAAUCUUUAUGAAAUUUUGUAUAAGAAUACUUCAACUUAUAUCUCAGUUUAUGUGUUGGAAGGUUUUUCGAGAAAAUAUUUUUAAAGCCCUUUUAUUUAAUAUUAAAAUAAUCGCUCGAAAAAAAACUUUUAUAGGGAAUUUGUUUUUAAGUAAAUAAAAAAUAUGCUGUUAAAGACCGUAUUUUUGUUAGUAUACCCUGAAAAUUUUGUACAAAUCAAACGAACAGUAACAAAGAUACAGCGCUUCAAAGUCGGUAAAAAUGACCCCUUUUUGAUUAUUUUGCUGAAAAGUGGUCAUUUUUACCGACUUUGAAGCGCUGUAUCUUCGUAACUGUUCGUUUGAUUUGUACAAAAUUUUUAGGGUAUACUAACAAAAAUACGUUCUUUAACAGCAUAUUUUUUAUUUACUUUUUUUAAAUUUUAAAUAAAAGGGCUUUAAGAAUAUUUUUUCGAAAAGCACUUGAAAAGGUAAACUGAGAUAUAUUAAAGUAUUUUUAUCCAAAAUUUUAUAAAGAUAGGCGUUUUAGAGUUAGAAUUUUUUUACUUAUUAUGCGUUAAUUUUGACGGGCAGUGUAUGUAUAGCUAGAUAUAUCUAUUAGGGUGCUUCAUUUUAGAGCGACAUUUUUUUUCCAAAGUCCCACCUGAAAAUCUUGUAACCGGUCAGAAAACAAAAAUUUUGAGCUAUUAAAGCUCUUAAUCUUUAUUUUAAGCCGUUGCUAUUAAAUUUUAAAAUAUUUCCAUUUAAAAACCAUUAUAAAACAAUGUUUUAUUCUUUUCUCCUUCCGCUCGUACAGUAAGAAUAUUUUUUUCGAAUUUCGGUUCUAAAAUCUUUAUACAGGAUGAAAUUAUCUUCAAAAAUGUCUAUUUAAGCAAGUCUGUAAGUUGAAUAUGUUCUUCACAAAUUGCUGUUCUACUCGAAAAUCUUCUAAAAUAGCAGUAAAUCGUAUUUGGAGACUAAAGUAUUGAUUGUAGAUAAAAAACGUAAAUUUGUCAAGAAAUAUUUUUCUGUAUCACUUAUAGUUUAGCUUGUACAGCCACUCUUUCACCUAGCUCUAAUAGUAAAGUUUUUAGUCAGAAACUGAAUUUUUAAGAAUUUGAUACUUUGGGUGGCUGUACAAGCUAAACUAUAAGUGAUACAGAAAAAUAUUUCUUAACAAAUUUGUAGGGCAGAUUUCCUACAAAAUUGUAAUUUACGUUUUUUAUCUAUAAUAAAUAGUUUAGUCUCCAGCUCUAAAAUGAAACACCCUAAAAUCUAUAGAUCUAUUUAUUGUUUUGGCAUGGUUCGUAUCAUGUAUGUCCAACAGUAAAAAAAUGUAUAUAUACCCACUGGGUAUUACCCAGUAGCCACCCUGCAUAAAUAGAUUUCAAUACUAAAUAAAAAGGGACAUAUUAUUUGCAUACAAAACAUAUUAAAAUAAUUGCUGACACUCAGCAAUAUAAAGUAGAUUAUCAAUUAUAAUCAGUAACAAUUGCAUUUAUAAUUUUGCAUAAAUAAGUUUAUUUCCAGACUGAUAAGAAAAAAUUAAUGUAUAAUAUAGUAUGAUAUCAUAAAUUUAAAUAUGUUUUAUUUUUUUGUUACCGAUUAAAAUUUAUAAUUUACAGCCACGCUUAAUAGAUACAUACAGAGACAGGCUAUAUAUUUGAAAUUGAGCUUAAUAAAGAAUUUGACAGAGAACGAGUUUUGGGUAAUUACUGUGAAUUUAAGAGCCAAACAAUAAUAUUAGUCUUCCCUCUCAAGCCCUCAAAAUUAAUUUAUUAAUUAAUGGAACAUUGCCAUUACCUAUAAAAACGGAUAUACUCUCCAGUAACUUUUUUUAUUGUCUAUGUUUUGUACGAGGUGUGUUCAGAAAAUAACGGGAAUUGUUAAAUUUCGCGGCUUCGAAGGGUCCGGUUGUCAUAAAAUUUUAUUUAUUAUGUUGGAAUACAUGCCCCCGAAGUAUGAUAAAAACUUUAGCUGUUUUCAUUGUUUACUUUGUCUGUGGCAGCCGGUAAGGUUAGACGUGUUUUAUGAGCUCGGCGAUUUUCGUUCGUUAAAAGAAAUGGAUCAAAGAGAAUUUGUAUCCAAUUUUGCUUAAAAAAUAAAAUAAAUUCUGUGAAAUGUUAACAAAGGCCUAUAGUGAGUCUGCUAUAAGUAAAACAAGACUUUACAAGUGGUAUAAGAGUUUCCAAGAUGGCCGUGAAGACGUUGAAGAUGACGAACGACCCGAACGCACAAGCACAUUAACAACCGAUAAAAACAUGGAAUAAGUGGAAGAAAUGGUUAUAAAACAUCAGAGAAGUAGCUGAUAAUGUUGGUAUAUCUAUUGGCUCCUCCCAUGAAAUUUUUUCAAAUGUUUUGGGUAUGAAACGCGUGGCAGCAAAAUUUGUUCCAAAGUUUUUUGAACAAAAUUUUUGGCCAAAAACAAUACUGUAAUGAUGCCCCAGCCUCCAUAUUCGCCAUACAUGCCUCUGUCUGACUUUUUUCUAUUUUCAAAAAUAAAGAGAACAUUAAAGGGCCGUCGUUUUGCAAGCAUAAAUGACAUUAAAAGCGCAUCGCUGAAAGAACUAAAGGCUAUCCCAAAGAUCGAGUUUUAGAAGUGUUUCGAGUAUUGGAAGAAGAGCUGGCACAUGUGCAUGCAUAGUCCCCAUUGGAUAUUAUGCAUAAUAUCCAAUGGGGACUAUUUUGAAGGGGACAACAUUAAUGUAGACGAAUAAAUAAAUAUUUGUUUCAAAAAAAGAAAAUUCUCGAUAUUUUCUGAACACACCUCGUAUGUAUAAAAAUAAAGCAGGGAAAUUGUAACUAAGUUUAAAAUCGCUAGCUCUUGUGAUUAAUUAUUUAUUUACUAAAAACUUACACAUUUCCCAAGAUCUAGACAAGCUCUUAUCAAUGGGGAUGAUAGCAGUGAGGGAUUGAAGUAGAGGACUUGAAAAUAUAAAAUACAUUGUCCCCCUAAAGGGGGGUGAAAACUUUAUAUUGGC